AUGGCGGAACCGGCUCCUUUGACGGCGGUGAGUGGUGCCCCGCCACUCAGACCUCAGGUAGAACGUUUGCUAACACACCGCGUCUUAGGCGCAUGCACAUGCGCGGAGAGCGGCAGAGGAAACGCAGCAGAUCCACUGGAGCCAAGCCGCAGACGAACACGAGCAUGCCGCAACAGACUAUGCGAGGUCUGCUCGAAGUACGAGCGACUCAGAGGUGUUGUCUCUUCCACUUCAAGGACCGCCAGUUCGCUAAUCACCGGCUCAGGCGCUACGGGUUCUGAAACUGCUCGAGGAACAACAUUUCAAGCUAGCGCGUAUCAUCAGGACACAAGAUGCGCCGCUGGAACAGGAAGAGACAACCACGGCAGAAGCCAAAGAACCUGAUCCCGCGACAUCGACUCAUGACUUCGCCCAAGCAAGCAAGCCUCCCUCACAGUCAUCUCCCAAGCCAACGUCAACAACUUCCGCACUUGCCCCCACGCGGAUCGGUAGCCAAGCGCGCGACUCUUCACCAUCGUUGGCCAGAGACAUAGCAUCAAGACGCGGCAUCCCUCAACCUGGCAGAACUCAGCCCUCAGCAGCCGCUCAAGCAAGAGCAAGACAGCUAUCCCCUGAAUCCCACCGCAGAAAUCGCUCCAGUGCUGGUCCUGCGCCAAAAAUCCCGCCUUCAGUCCUCGAUAGCCAGAACUUACGGCAACAGGCAAGCCGUGUCAAAAAGGCCGAAGAUGACGAUGCCUUCGCCAAGUUCUACAGCAAUCUCACAACUGGGACCAUGUCCAGGCUCUCUUCCGUCCUUGCAUACGCGGGCCUGCCACUGACAGCAGACGACAUCCAAGUCGAUCAGCCGAAGCCAAAGCUCGACAAGCGAACAGUGAGUGCCAGCAACGACCCAGACGUCAAGAAGAUAUUCUCCAAGGCAGCACUCGACGCAAUCGAAGAGGACCAUCGCCAAAGAGGCGCCCAAGGCCGCGUCUUCGGUCCCGCAGAAAGUUUCUACGUCGUCCAGAAAGGUGGCGGAACCUACUCCUACGCGGACAUCGCAAAAGCACAACAACAGCAACAACUCGGUGGCAUAGAUGAAGACGACGAAGAAUCCUUCGUAGACGCCCGAGAAGCCCAAGCCCCAGCAUCUCCCAAAUCAAGCCGCGUAUCCCACCAAAACCAAAACCAAAACUCAAGAUCCUCUUUCGGCAAAUCCCGAACCCACGAGGAACUCGAACUAGAAAACACAACCCUCAAAGCCACCCUCGAAACCCUCGCAGGGCGUCUACAGGAUUUCGAAUCACAUGCCCAGGACGCUUCCAUGGCUGCGUUGACGCAGAGUAUGGUGGGCUUGAACCACCACCGCCCUGGCAGCAACAAUGCUGCUGCUGCUGCCGGAAAUGAGGCAGAACGCGUGGAACAGCUCGAGAAGCAAAUCGAAGACCAAGCCAUCGCGCAGCAGAAAUUGGAAGAGCAGUCUGCGAGACAGGAGAAGAUGUUGAGGAAAUAUCAAGCCAAAUGGGAAGAUAUCAAAAAGAGCGCCAUGGAGAAACAGAAGGCGAAAAGGGAGAAGUCGGAGAGAGGUGGAGUGGAAGAGGAAUCGGCGGCUGGCCCGAGAGAUGUCUAA